AAAACUUAUAUAAUUGUUUAUUUUGUAAUGUUUCAAAAUAAGCCACGUUUUUGUAAGUUACAUCGAGGGCAUUUCAUGGCGAGAUAACCAUCUUGUCUCGACUGACGACUCUUUGGCUUUGGCUUGAGUUUCAACUCGGGCACUUGUUUUUCAAUAUGUAUGUUGAAUAUGUUCGCGAAGGAGCGAAUAAUGACAGUAUUGCGGUUUCAAAUCUUGUACUUAACAAAAGCGCAUCGUUUCCCCCUGUUGUCUCAUUAUUUUAAUGAAUUGCAACCUUCCUCCUUUUCCGUUAAGUGGUCAUGGCGAGAGAACUAUCUUGUCUCAACUGAUGACUCUUUGGCUGUGUUUCAACUCGCGCACUUCCAUUUCAAUAUAUAUGCUCAAUAUGUUCGUAAAGGCGCGAAUAAUGACAAUAAUACCGUCGCAAAUCGUAUACUUAACAAAAAGGCAUCGUUUACCCCUGUCCGCUCAUCAUUUUUAAUGAAUUGCAACCACUCGGGUUAGUUCCUCCUCUUCCGUUAAGUAGCCAAGAUGGUGGCUAGUGCGUAAAAGUGUCAUUGAGUGCAACAUCCGGGUACUGGCUGCAUUCUCCCCCUGUUUGAGCGUACUUUACGCACUCGCCAAGCCAAGUGCAGAAGUGGGCAAGUAUUGAAACGCACUUGCGCAUUCACAAUGCUAAGCGAAAGGGCGGAAGUGCGCGAGUUGAAAUAGCCGUAACCGGAAGAGGUUUCCAAAAGUGAAACAACACGACCAACUUUGCUACCGCUGCACCAGUACGGCAAGAUGGCGCCCAGAGUGGAUGACGUCAUGCGUCUGUGCUGCGAGAUUUCGGCCCACGAUGACAUCAAAGUAGCGGUGAAGAACUCGGUCAAAGGAGCCAUGUUGGCGGGAGGAAGCGCGUUUGUUGGCGGCAUGCUUGGCGGACCUCCGGGUAUCGCUGUCGGUGGUGUCGUAGGGAGCCUGCUGGGAAGCUGGCUGACCAGCGGUCAGUUCCGGCCUCUUCCUCAGAUCCUGAUGGAGUUGCCGCCCGCCCAGCAGCAGAAGCUGUACAAGGACGUCAUGGCCAUCCUGAGCGGUCUGGACUGGACGGACGCGGCCCAGCUGGUCGCCAUGGUGAUGGGCAGCGCCACGCUACAGCAGCAGGUCACGGCCGCCCUGCUCAACUACAUCACCAAGGAACUGAGAGCGGAAGUUCGUUAUAGAGACUGACAAAGGGAAAUUUGGAACUCGAAGAGUUGUAUUUUUCUACUUGAAUGUUUUCUAGCAAUUAAGACUUUUGGGGGGGAGUUUCUUCAGUGUCAAAGAACAAACUCUUGUUUUGCACACACUCAUUUUUAACUGAUAAUAUUGUUUACAAAAAUGUCACUCUGCAUCAGGGGAAUUACGUCAUCACUGGCUUAAAUUAAUAAAAGGAAAAAUUCAUUACAAACAAUAAAUACAACCUUUUUCGUUUAA